AUGAGCGGCGGGGCGCGCCUGCAGGCCCCAGCACAGCCCGCCGCCCCGCGCAGCCUCUGCCUCCCGCCGCCGCCGGCCGCCCUCCUCCCGCUCCUGCUCGCCGCCGCGCUCGUGGCCGCCGCCGCCUCGGAGCCCGGCCAGGACAGCAGCCCACCCGCGCUGAGCGCCGCGGCCUGCCCGGCGGAGCCCCCGUGGGGCCCGGCGUCGUCGUCCUCGUCCUCGUCGGCCGCCGCCUGGCUGGAGCGCCACUUCGCCGCGUGGCGCCUGCCCUUCUGCGAGCGCUACACGCUGUGGGACCUGCUGCGCGGCAUGGCCGGCCCCGAGAGCCUCGACUGCAGCCUCGCCAGCCUGCUGGACGACUUCCGCGCCCCCGCCGGCCCGGGCGGCGGCGAGGCCUGCAGCGCCUGCCUCGAGGCCUACGCGCGGCUCGACCAACACGCUCAGGAAAAAUACGAGGAGUUCGACCUCCUGCUCGACAAGUACCUGCAAGCUGCCGACUACUCCGUCCGCUCCUGCCUGGCCGACUGCAAGGCUGUCUACAAGGCUUGGCUGUGCUCUGAGUAUUUCAACGUGACACAACUGCAGUGCCAACACCGGAUUCCAUGCAAGCAAUACUGCCUGGAGGUGCAGACUAGAUGCCCCUUUGUGUUGCCUGACAAUGAUGAACUGAUCUAUGGAGGGCUGCCUGGCUUCAUCUGCACGGGGUUGCUGGAGAACCACUUUCCCAGUGCAGAAGCAAUGUGCUGUGAUGUGCAGUGGGACUCCUGUGAUCGCCAGCCAGAGAGCAACUACAAUGCAUCCACCAAAUCCACGGAAUCAGAGUCAUUCCACAAGCAACACCACGGCGCUCCCCUUCACCAGCAACAGCAUCACUAUCAUCUCUACUACCAUCACCACCAGUACCACCAGCCCCACCCAUCCCUGUUGCCAGUUUCUGCAGGGUCUCGCCUCAGCAACAGCAAAAUCCGGCUGUGUGUCCUGGUCCUGAUGCUUCUCCACACCAUGGUGUCCUUCUCGACUGUGCACAGCAGCAGGGCCGUUGCCCAUGGGGGGCUGAGCUUGGAGGCCUUUCCCACAAUGGAUGAGAGCCUCACAAGAGACGAGUGAACCAGAGGGGAAAGCAACCUUCAGGCAGAAGGCCUGCUCUUUCCCAUCCGGGGAGGGGGCACAUGCUAU